UGGUAUCUACAAAAAUCCCAAGGCAAGGCGUAGCACGUGUGUGUGUGUGUGUGUGUGUGUGUGUGUGUGUGUGUGUGUUAAAGAGUAGGCUACGACUGUGUUUGUCGGUCAUUGCAGGCUGAUCUGGAUAAUGAGCUAAAUCGUCCCACAUGCAAACUCAUGAGCUGCAUAUCCAUGAAAGUUGCCCUCUAUAACGGGCUAAUCUCCGGCUGACAGUGGUGGGAGUUUAUCAUCGUCCGUUCCCGACACUUUGACUGGUCUGCGCGCCGAUACGUCACCGGGGGGGCAAGUCCAUGCUUCGUGACGGGCACCAGGCGCGAGGUAACGAGUGUUUUUUCCCCGCCGCCAGUGCUAUGGAGAUUUAAAUUUCUUUCCCGGGACGAAGUCGCACAGGACAUUGGUGUGUGUCAGGUGUGUGCUGCUGGUGCUGGAGCAUGAUGACAGUGGCCUCGGCCAAAUCAGGAGCAGCGAUGCAGCAGGUGCUGGAUAAUCUGCGUGAUCUUCCUCCUUCCUCUGGGGCUAAAGACAUCGACCUCAUCUUCCUCCGUGGCAUCAUGGAGAGCCCCAUUGUUCGCUCACUGGCCAAGGCUCAUGAUCGUCUGGAGGACGUGAAGCUGGAAGCGGUAAGAGACAACAACCUGGAGCUGGUGACGGAGAUCCUGACGGACAUGGGAGCCUUGGUCGCCCGGGACGACAGCGCCGCGGAACUCUCCAGAAUCCUCAAGGAGCCGCACUUCCAGUCUCUCCUGGAGGCCCAUGAUAUGGUGGCCUGUAAGUCCUAUGAGGUCCCCAGCGUGGCGAGUGUUCCGAGUGACGUGUCCAAUCACGUGCCCCCGCUGCCCGCCGCCCCCGCAGACACCAUACGUGUCAUCAGCAUCCAGAAGAAGACUGGGGAGCCACUGGGCGUGACGUUUCGCGUGGAGGGGGGGGACCUGGUGAUCACGCGGAUCCUCCACGGCGGGAUGAUUGACAGGCAGGGCAUGCUGCACGUGGGUGAUGUCAUCAGGGAAGUGAGCGGCCACGCCGUGGGGGCGGGACCAGAGGAGCUGCAGCAGGUGCUGAGAGACACCAGCGGGAGCAUCACACUCAAGAUCCUGCCCAGCUACAGAGACACACACACACCUGCACAGGUGUGUGUGUGUGUGUGUGUAGAGUUUGACAGACACGAGCUCCAGAUCUAUGAGGAGGUGGCCCACAUGCCUCCGUUCCAGAGGAGAACGCUGGUUCUGAUUGGAGCUCAGGGCGUCGGCCGCCGGAGCCUCAAGAACCGACUCAUCCUGCUCAACCCACUCCGCUACGGAACCACAGUACCCUACACGUCGAGGCCCCCCCGCGGCGAGGAGAACGACGGCCAGGCGUACGGCUUCGUGAGUCGGGCGGAGAUGGAGCAGGACAUCCGCGCGGGUCGCUACCUGGAGCACGGCGAGUACGACGGCAACAUGUACGGAACCAAGAUCCACUCCAUCCACCAGGUGGUCAACACCGGACGCACCUGCAUCCUGGACGUCAACCCACAGGCUCUGAAGGUCCUGAAGACGGCGGAGUUCAUGCCGUUUGUGGUGUUUAUCGCGGCGCCUCCACUGGACACACUCAGGGCCAUGCACAAGGCUGUGGUGGACGCAGGCAUCACCAGCAAACAGCUCACGGAGGCGGACCUAAAGAAGACGGUGGAUGAGAGCGCUCGGAUCCGCCGGGCCUACAGCCACUACUUCGACCUCACCGUCGUCAACGACAACCUGGACCGCGCCUUCGACACCCUGCAGGGGGCGGCGGAGCGCCUCGGGACCGAGCCCCAGUGGGUUCCUGUCAGCUGGGUCUUCUAAAGGGUUCCUCCGGUUCCUCUUCCGGUUCUGCUCCGGGUCGGGGCGGGGCGUGGGUCUGGUACUCCUGCAGUGGACUCCUCAGAAGGCCAGAGAGGGCUCUGAUUGGCUCAGAACAAUGAGAGGGUGUGUCUGUGGAGACCAGAGGCCCCGCCUCCUCCAGGCUAUGCACACUUUGAGUGAAGACUGCAGAACAUAAGGGAAACAUGGGUGUGUGUGUGUCUGUGUGUGUGUCUGAUAAUUUAUUAACGUUGUUUUUUUGUAACUUUAUACAAACAUAAUUCUAUGCAUAUCCAUCUGACUGGAGAAAUAAGUUUGUGUGCGACAGCAUUACAGUAAGGUGUGUGUGUGUGUGUAUGACUGGUUACAGUAGUGUGUGUGUGUGUGUGUGUGAGCGAGAGAGAGAGAGAGAG